UUGCGCGAAGUGGCGUUAUUAUUCAACUUAUCCGUCAAAGUUCCCCAGAUUUGUGCAUAUUUAGAAGCGCCUGUUCUACUAUUUUAGUGCACAUGCAAUAGAAAAACUAGAUAUUGUAUGGUUAGCUUGCUAGCAAUAAAAAAAAAAAAUUUGCAGGAGUGGUCAACAGUCGACGUGGUGUCGCAAAUUGCCUAAAAACAACAAACAAAAAGGUUGCUUCCUGCAAGCUUGACUGCAGUGAAAAUGGACCGAUAUAAUAGUGGGAAAGAAAAGCUCAACAUACCAACCGAUUUCACUUCCAGGAAACCCCAGGAUGACCUUGUGCCUCCCUCUCAUUUUGCAUCAAGUGUCCAGGGUGCCAAACAGGCCGUAGCCACACAGCCGUGCAUUUCCUGGAUGAACUCGAGUGUCCCCGCAGCUCCAUCGACAGAUCCCUGGCUUGGGUUCACUAAAACCCAUCGAGAAAUAUUAACGCAGAGAAAGGAUGAUCAGUACAGCAUGAUGCUGCGAGAAAACACAACAGGAAGGACUCCAGAGGAAAAUGUGUCAGACUUGAGGACAAGAUCCAAAGAGAGAGGCGACCAGUGGUCCAGAUGGGAAGCAGAGUGGUGUCUGGAGGCAGAAAGGCACAAAGCGGAGGCUGAGCAGUUGAAAGAGCAGAUGGAGGCCCUGAAGGACACAGUGCAGAGACACGGGGAAGAGAUUAGAGUCAAAAACGACACCAUAAACAGGCAAUGUCAUGACCUGAAGACAAUGACUCAAGAAAUGAGCAAAGUGAGGACUGAGCAGAGGCAGCUGAAAGAGGAGCUCACUCGCUGCCAUACGCAGAAGGAGAAAAUAAACUUACAGCUUGAACAAAUUAAGAAAGAGUCUGAUGAGGAAAUUGCUAAAAUGAAGAGUCAAGGUCACCCUCGGGAACUCGCCCUCAAGGCCAAAAUGAGCGAGCAGCAAGCAGCGGAGGCCAGAGAGCAGACUUUAAAAAUGGUGGAAAAAAUUCAGCAGAUGCAGAAGAAGCAUGAAGAGGAGCUGCGACAGUUGAAUGCAGACCACAGUUUGGAAUUGUGCUCGGCCAGAAAAUCAAAUCAUGAACUGCAGAAUAAACUUGAGUCAGCGACUCGGGAAGUGCUGCAACUGAAAAGCAAUCUAAAGGAGGCGUCCGCCGAGAGAGACGAGCUUAAAGAACAUCUAAGACAAAUGGAACAAGCGUACGAGACGCAAUCAGCAACUCUGCACAGCCUCCGAAAUUACAUUGGCCAGGUUGUUGCGGACAAAGGAGAAACGCAACAAUUAAAUGAAGCAGUUGAGAAGCUCAACAAAGAGAAAAUGGCGUUGCAGAAAACGGCAGAAUUGUUGACUGUCAGACUAAAUUCCAUGAGUGAGAUAGUCUCCCUCCAAGAAGAGAAGAUGCUGAAGAAGGCCUCGGCAGACCCGCUUGUGGCGAAAAAAGCUGAUGGUCUUCUUGUCCUUCACCUCUGGAGGGAAAAGGUGUUCAAACUCUGCGUCCAGCUUCGUUUGAAGGACAUUGAGCUGCGAGAUGAGAGGGAAAAACAUCUUUCAGAGCUCGGACUCGUGGAGCAACAGCUGCAGGAUGAGCGGCAUCGCGCAACUGUCCUCCAGCGGAGUCUCGACGGCAGGAUAGCUGAGCUGGACCAGGAGAAAGUGGAAAUAGAGACUUUGAAACGGGACUUGGCUCAGGCUUGCAAGGAGACUCAACAACUGAAGGCAAAGAGUCUCAGCUUAGAAGUUGGGCUCAAAAGUACAAUCGAGGCCUUGCGCAGAUUUAGUGUGUUAUUUGAUCGUAAAAUAACAGAAGUGGACGCAGCACACGCUAAACUCAAUAGCUUUGGACCACGGUUGAAUUUCGCCAGAGGCCGAGUCGAAACAGUCCAAGCUUUGUUUAUGAGGAGGGCCGCCCUGCACAAAGUCCAGAAGAGCAGUAAGCAAGCAGAGCAGACAACAGAAAGCAUCACAAAUUUACAGAGAGAACUCAAUUUGGUGAGUCAAGAGAGAAGCAAGCUCACCCAGGAACUCAAAAGAACCCCGGAGCUGAUUGAGAAAGCUUUGGUUGAUAUGAAAGAAGAACAUGAGCACAAGCUGAAGCAACUUCAAGGGGAGCUGGAGCAGAGCCGAGAUGAGACGCAGAAAGCCGUGGCAGCCAGAGAGGAGAUCCAGAGGAACCUGCAGGGGGUUCUGGCCCAGCUGGAGGUGAGCAAGGUUGCUCAGGAGGGGCUCCAAUGUCAACUGCUCAGCCUGAAGGAGAACAGCGAGAAAGUCCUGCGGGAGCGAGUGUCUGAGAUGGAGAGCCGCUGCGCCGAGAAGCUUAGCGAGAUGGAGAUGCAAGUCAGCACGGCGAAGAGGGAACACACCAAAGCAGUUAUGACUUUGCGGCAAUUCGAAAAGGCCGUAACUCGCAAACAGAAUCACUGGAGGGAAACCGAAGCUUCGCAAAGCCAACGCUCCAAAAAAGACGUCCGACGUAAACAAGAGGCGAAAAUCGCCGAGAGAGAGCUGAGGAGUGACUUUCCGCAAAACAUAUCUGCUCCUCGAGAGCCAGGCGAAAAAUCUUCAGAAAGAAGCUGCUUCAUGGGAUCACAACUAGCGGCAGAAAAGAGACUCCUUUCUGUUAUGGAGGAGCUCCAUGCGCUCAGUGCUGCCGUGGUAAACAGCUCUGAAGACUCUGCCGAGGAGGAGGAGGAGGAGGGGGCUGUGUCCGUGAACGCAUCUUGAAUUUAUAUAGCCCACACUUCGCAAAUUGCACUUACAAUUCUGAUGAACAUUUGCAAUGCCACCUCAGUGCCUAAUUUGUAU